UUGUGUGAAGGAGGGGUAUGGUCGGACAGAACGCCGAUGCCCCACUCAUCAAAACACCUAAUAAAUGCUCUCGAUCUACUGUAUAGAGCAAAACUCAUCUAACGGGUUGUCCUUGGAAUCACAAAGUGUUCAAAAAUCACAAUGGCUACACCCUCGAAGUCCCUCAACGGAACGCUUGCCUCCCUCCCGCCCCUCCCCUCAACGUCGAAUGAGCUUCGGUCUCAGACACGCAGCGAGAUACAAUCAAAUCCUAACAUACCGAUUCUGGUGGCACUCGACGACGACCCUACUGGUACACAAACCUGCCACGACAUCCCUGUGCUCACAACAUGGAGUGUUGCCGUCUUGACCACUGAAUUCCAAAACACAAGUCCAGGGAGCGGCUUCUUCAUUCUCACGAACUCGCGCGCCCUACACCCCCCUGCUGCACGAGAGCUCACAAUCGAGAUCUGCCGAAACUUGAAGGACGCUGCAGCGCAGGCAGGAAAGUCAUUUGAGGUGGUGCUACGUGGUGACUCUACUUUAAGAGGCCACUUCCCGUUGGAGCCCGAGGCUGUGGAAGAGGCGCUGGGAACAAGCGAUGCGUGGAUUCUCGCGCCAUUCUUCUUGCAGGGCGGACGAUAUACCAUUGAUGAUGUUCAUUAUGUGGCUGAGGGGGAUACCUUGGUCCCUGCAGGCGAGACGCCAUUCGCAAAGGACGCCACAUUUGGUUUCAAGAGCAGCCAUCUCGCAGACUGGGUCGUAGAGAAAAGCAAAGGAACAAUCUCGCGCGGUCGCGUGCAGGGCAUUAGUCUGGGCGAUAUUCGACAUGGUGGCCCUGAUAAGGUUGGCGAGUUGCUACUCAGUGCUGAGAAAGGGACUGUGUUCAUCGUCAAUGCAGCCGCAGAAGAAGACAUGGAUAUAGUGGUUCUCGGCAUCUUGAAAGCUUCUGCAGAAGGCAAGAAAUUCCUCUUCCGCUCGGCCGCAGCGUUUGUCUCUGCGCGCCUAGGCAUCUCGCCCAUACAACCCAUCUCCGCGAGGAAACUGCAGCUCGAUCCUUCAGUUGGCGGUCUCGUCAUUGCAGGGUCUUAUGUGCCAAAAACAACAACCCAACUGAAGGCUUUGGUCGAGAGACGCGGCGAGAAACUAACCACCGUCGAACUGAAUGUCACCAAGCUGCUAGAAAGCGAAGACACUCGAGAAGAAGAACUAAAACGCGCUCUCUCUACUGCCACAACGUCCCUCACACAACCAAAAGACGUUUUGAUAAUGACAUCUCGCGAGCUCGUUGUCGGUGUGGACGAGCGCUCGUCAUUAGAUAUUGGCUCUAUCAUUGCAGCGGCACUCGUUUCUUUUCUCACACGAUUGGACAUUGAACCACGAUAUGUAAUCGCCAAAGGCGGCAUUACUAGUAGUGAUAUGGCCACCAAGGCAUUGAAGAUGAAGCGCGCUACCAUCGUGGGUCAAGCAGCCCCGGGUGUGCCGCUGUGGAGAUGCGACGAAGCAAGUUGUAAAUAUCCUGGAUUGCCUUACGUCGUGUUUCCAGGCAAUGUUGGAGGAGAGUACACCCUCGCGGAGGUGGUAGAGAGAUGGAGUAUGCCGACGCCUAUGAAUCGAUGCUAGAUGUAGAUCUACUGGAACGGGCCGUGGAGUAAUGGUGACACCUCGCGUGUAUGUACUUCCGGUGAACACUAGCUCUGCCCCGCUCCAACGUCAUAAAUCCACGAUAACUCCUACACCCCAGCGACUAUCCCACAGGUUUACUAUUCACCUUUUUGUUCACUUGCUAUAACCUUUGACAAUAGAUUGAAAGCGUGGCUCGUAGUGACGGUGGAUGAGACGUUGGUAUCCUGUACGCUAUCUUAGAACGCUUUGCCGCGUUUAUUGCCCCCUUCACGCGCCUUGAAAUUCUAUCUCCUUGACCCACAUCAAUAUAUCAGCCGGCAAACACCACACACUAGACGAGUAUGGACUCUGCCGAAGGACAAAGUCUGGUUUGGCCGGCACCAGGCGAUUCUCACGGCGAUCGCGUAAAUAUCUCCAUUAAACCACU